GCAAUAUAUUCUGAGGCCAUUGCUAUGGUGGAAGAGUAUCAGCAAGCCAUUUCAAUGUCUAGCCUUGGUGGACUUCGAGAUACUGGUGGUCUUUAUCCUCAGCUUGGGUUAAGGAACUCCCCUCAGGUUUAUGAGACUUUGGAGCAUCAAUUGGUUGUGGCUGAAGCAGCCCAAAGGUUGAGGCUACCUCUUAUCUCCAAAGAUGGAGAAGUCCAUACUGAGGAUAUUGAAAAAUUGAGUGUAAUGUCUCGAAGCUCCCUUGACAGUACCAACACCAGCACCACGAACAACUCAAGCACAACUUCGAUUAAUUAUGCUACUCCAAACAGUUCAGUUACUGGGAUUAAUUCUCCCCUUGCUGCUAUGGAUUCAGGGGAAGCUGCAGUUGGUGGUGUACCUAAUCGUUUUCUUGGUAUUACACCUGCUUAUUUACGGCAAACUCAACAUCAACAAACAACAUUAUCCGUGGAUAUGACAGAAUAUCACAUGUCACUCUCACGUGAGAUAGAGGCCCACUUGAAACUGAAAUGUGAUAAAUUGUCCAAUGCCUUUGUUUUGGAUGACAAUGAUUCUUCAUCAUCAGGAAUUCAAAGUUCAAGUUCUCGGCUUCCAGAAAGGGUCAAGCUGUUGAUUGAGGAGAUUGAAAGAGAAGAAGCUGCACUGCGAGAUGAUCUAUAUUCUGCAGAUAGGAAAUUUGCUGAAUAUUAUAAUGUCUUAGAGCAGAUACUUGGAGUGCUUAUCAAACUUGUUAAGGAUUUGAAGUUGGAUCAUCAGCAUAAACAUGAUGAGCUGCAGAAGACGUGGCUCUGUAAAAGAUGCGAGACCAUGAGUGCAAAAUUGAGGGUUCUGGAACAUAUUCUCCUGCUUGAAACUUAUACAAAGGACUCUAUACCUGCGCUUCAUAAGAUAAGGAAAUAUCUUGUUGAGGCAACUGAAGAAGCAUCGAUUGCGUAUAAUAAAGCAGUAACUCGCUUGCGUGAAUACCAAGGUGUUGAUCCUCACUUUGACAACAUUGCAAGGCAGUAUCAUGACAUUGUAAAGAAAUUGGAGAAUAUGCAAUGGACAAUCCACCAAGUUGAAAUGGAUCUGAAACGUUUACCAGAUAACACCACCAGUUAGGAGUUUUUAUUCAUUUGGCAUCUUAACAGUGGUUGGUUUGAUUUCUGUAAAUGGUAAAAAGUGUAUAUUGUUUGGUUAUGACUCUGCAGUGAUUGUUACUUGUCACUGAUGAUUUAGAAUGAUGUCUUAACAUCUUCUCAAGAUUUUGUGCAAUUUUCAACUUGUGUGCUUUAAACAUUUCCCCGGAAUGAUUCUCAAUUUUUGUAGAAAGGGGAAACACAACUUUUGUACUUUAAUGACAAUGAUGUUUUUACCGUUA